CUAAUCUGUGAUGGUUCAUGUUCAUGGUAUACAUUUAUUUAUUUGCGGUAUUUACACCACAGAACGUUAUAUUUACGCUGUUGAUUUAUAAAUAAUUUAAUAGUAACUGAAAUACCGUUGACACAAUAUGGGGGAUAAAUCGACACCGCUAUUAGCUGUCCUACAAUUACUUCGAAAAUAUAAUCUAAAGGGCACUGAAGAAAUUCUUCGUAAAGAAGCCAGUUUAGGUGAUGUAGAGUAUGAGAACUUAGAUUUGCCAGAAGUAGAACUAGCUAGUAUAUUAACAGCACAUCACACUGAAAGUGACCCCUACACUUACGAAUUUGCAUAUGAAUCUUUGAAAAAAUUUAUUGAGAACUCCUUAGAUAUGUAUAAGUAUGAAUUGUCUACACUCCUCUAUCCUGUAUUUGUUCACAUGUAUAUGAUAUUGAUACUCUAUGAUAACACAGUACAUGCUGAAAAUUUUUUGGAAAAAUUUGGUCCUGAACAAGAAGAUUAUUAUCAGGAAGAUCUGAAGAAACUAUCCAUAGUAAAAAAUAAAGAUCAAGUAAAGGGCAAUGAACUAGCAGAAAUAUACAGCUCAAACAAAUUUGUAGUACAAUUAUCUCGUGAUGCAUCAUCUCAGCUCAAACGAUUCUUGCAUGAACAAAAAAAUUCAACUGUAGUCAUUAACAUAAUAAAUAAUCAUAUACAAAUUGAAAUCCACGAUGGCCCUGGUAGAACGCUGACUCAAAUACGUGCUACUGCAGGAGGACUACUUGGAGAAGCGACUAAAAAUGAAAACCGUACUAAAGUCUACUAUGGUCUAUUAAAAGAACCAGAUAUACAACUGCCUCCUGCCCCUAUCGAAGAUGAAGAGGAAACUGAAGAAACACCUGACAAGCCAAAAAAGAAGAAGGCCAAAAAGGAUAACAUAUUCAUGAAGAAACCUAAAUCAGAUCCCAAUGCUCCACUUAGUGACAGAAUUCCAUUGCCUGAAAUGAAAGAGACUGACAAGUUAGAAAAAGGAAAAGCACUGAGGGAGGCAUCAAAACGUGUCCACCUAGGUCCUGAGAGUCUGCCAUCAAUUUGUUUCUAUACAUUACUCAACAGUGGCCAAACAGCAAUCUGUGCAGACAUUUGUGACGACUCAACUUUACUUGCAGUUGGGUUUAAUAAUUCUACUAUUAAGGUAUGGACCCUUACUCCAGUAAAAUUACGUGGCAUGAAAUGUGCUGAAAAAUUGCAAGAUAUUGACAGAGAAGCAGGUGAUGUCCUUGUAAGAAUGAUGGAAGAAAAGGACAGAGAUACAUGUCGUACACUCUUCGGCCAUUCUGGACCUGUUUAUAAAGUUGCAUUUGAUCCAUUCAAAAAUUUACUGCUGUCAUGUUCUGAAGAUUCAACAGUCCGACUAUGGUCUCUGCAAUGCUGGACAUGUUUGGUGGUGUACCGCGGCCACGUGUGGCCGGUGUGGGCGGUCCGCUGGUCGCCGCACGGUCAUUACUUCGCAACGGCAGGACACGACCGCACCGCACGGCUCUGGGCUACCGAUCAUCACCAGCCGCUCAGAAUAUUCGCUGGCCACCUUUCUGAUGUUGAUUUUGUUCAAUUUCACCCUAAUUCAAAUUAUGUAGCAACGGGCUCUAGUGACAGAACAGUCCGCGUCUGGGAUUGUUUGACUGGAACGCAAGUUCGAAUUAUGACAGGGCAUAAGUCCCCGAUAUUUGUUUUGACAUUUUCCGUUUGUGGGCGAUGGUUGGCGUCUGGGGGAGGUGGCGGUGAACUGAUAAUUUGGGACAUAUCAACCGGAUUACCAGCUGCAAAUUUGCCGCCUGCUCACACAGCACCUAUUCACGCAUUGGCCUUCAGUCGUGAUGGCACAAUCCUAGCAAGCGGGUCGUUGGAUUGCAGUAUUAAGUUGUGGGACUUCACUGCUGUUACAGAAGAAGUGUCUGUAGAUGAAAUUGGAAACAAUAGUACUGUCCAAAGAGAUGAUAGAUUUUUAUUACGUUCAUUUCCUACGAAGAACUCACCUAUAAAAGAUUUACAUUUUACACGUCGCAAUCUCCUAUUAGCUGUAGGUUCAUACGAUGGAAGUUCAUAAUCGAAUAAUUUAUUAGUUUUAUUACAUUUUAUUAUUUUAAUAUUAGACUAAAAUGAAGUUGAAAUUUCUUUCAGUACAGUAUUCUAUCAUAACUAUGUACGGGAGUUAAAUCCGCACUUAGAGCGAGGUGAGAUUAUGUAACGAACGUGCAGUACUCGCCCUAUUAAAAACUUCGAAGUGUAAUAUUGUAAGUUCAUUUAAUCCCUGUACAUAGUUAUAAACAAUAUUAGUGCAAAAAAUAAACAUAACUUUAAAAAUACUUUUAUUCUAUUAAUGUUUUCAGAGUACUUAAGUUGAUUCAAUUAAUUUUUAAGAAUAAUUACAUAAUUGCUAGUUAAAUUUUGUUUUACUUCUCCAUUGCCCCGGCAUCGACUUAGGUGACAACCCCGGCUAACUGGAUUUAAACCUUUUAACUAAUUAUAACUUAUGCAUAUCUAAUAUCAAAUAAUUAUAUAGUUAUUUGCAAAGCCAAGCUCCGAGAAACUGUCUACACUUAUUAUGAUGUGUCUAUAGGUUAAUGUGAUUUUUAGAUAUGAUCAUAUACUAUAAUUUUUAUUACAUCAAAUUAGUCAAUCACAUAUUUAUACCAAUGUAG